UGUUCUUGAACCUGUUCGGUUGUGCUUUCUUGUCUAUUCAUCAUAUUCAUCAUGUCAAAUAAACUAAAGUGCGCUAAAUGUUCAAAUUCCUUACUUGAUGAGGGAAUUAAGUGCGGUUUAUUUUGCGGAAAAUCUUUUCAUAGACUUUGUACCGGAGUUUCGGAUGUCUUAUUUAAUGAAAUUAGCAAAAUUAAUUCCAAUUUUUCAUAUCAUUGUUCUGAUUGCGCAAAAUUUCCAGUUAGAGAAUUAUUCACUAAAGUAAAUGACUUAGUCUCUGUGGUGGAUGUUCUCACAAAAAAAAUGUGCGAGUUUGACUCUCUUCAAGCAAAAUUGAGUGAGCUUUUGAACAACAAAUUUGUUUCAAAUGAAAGUGAAUUGUGCAACAACACCUCUAAUACACAUGAUUCCCCUCUACCCAGUGCUUUGCCUAACUUAAAAAAUAAUGGCGGUGCGGAGAUAACUAAUGAAAACAACAAUGUAAAUGAUUUAACUAAAAACGAAAAAAAGAAUGUAUCUACCAACCGUAGUCGUCGUGCUGUAACUGUCGGUGUCGACAACUUGCCUGACGAUAUGUGUGUUGUUCCCCCAGUUAAAUGGUUACAUGUUUCCAAGUUUUCUGUUUCAACUUCUGAACAAACAAUUAAAAAUUAUGUAUCGAACAAAUUAAAUAUACCUUUUGAUGAAGUUCAGUGCUAUAAGCUUAUUAAAAAAGAUUCCGAUAUAACGAAUCUGAAAUUUAUUAAUUUCAAAGUCGGCAUCCCUACUAAUAAAGAAACUGAUGCAACAAAUGUAAACAAUUGGCCUGUAAAUGUGCAUGUAAAAAGCUUUAAUUUUUUUCCAAAAAACAAAAACCCUAUAACAACAACAAUUUAACAUACACUUCCCCAUCAAUAAAACAUGCUCACACUAACAAUUCUCUCCACCUGCACUCUCAAAGACAAUGCAUUAACAAUAACAACUCAGAGAUCUGUAUGUAUUACCAAAAUAUGAACGGUUUUUCUUCUAAACUAAGAGAAUUGCUUUUUGCAAUUGAUGCUUGCCGGAGUCAGUAUGAUAUUUUUCUAUUUACUGAAACUUGGUUAUAUGAAGGCAUAUAUGCUGAUGAGUUUUUCGAUACAUCUUUGUUCUCCGUCUUUCGUCAUGAUCGUAUUGAUGUUAACAAAUCAAGAGGAGGGGGUGUUUUGAUUGCUGCGAAGCGUAUUCUGGGAGCUGUUGCUGUUGAAAUUGAUGUUGUUGUUGCUGAUAAAUUGCAAAUUGAUCAACUUUGUGUGCGUGUGGAUGCUACUGGCUGCGGUUUCCUCAUAUUUUUGAGUUAUAUUCCACCUAAAAGCUCUUUGUUUAUUUAUGAAAAACAUUUGUCAAAUAUUGAUAGGGUUACCUCCAUGCCAGAAUAUAUUAAUUAUAAAAUUUGUGUAAUUGGUGAUUUUAAUUGUGGUGAUAUAAUUUGGUCAUCGACGAAUAACCAUAAUUUUGUUCCAUUUUCUCUUCCUACGGAUGUUGAUGUUCUAUUAAUUGAUUCUUUGUUUUCGAAUAAUCUUAUUCAAAUAAAUAACGUAGCUAAUUCGCUGGGAAGAUAUUUAGAUUUGGUAUUUAUUUCAGAGGAUUUACAAUCUUCUGUCAUGGAGAAUACCCCUUUGCUUUCUAAUUAUGUUCACCAUAAAUCUAUUGAUAUUUGUUUUAAAAACUAUAAUUUUGAUAAUUUUUCUAAAUUCAAUAAUAAUAAAUCUAUUUUCAAAUUUAAUUCUCAUAACUUGUCUUUAAUGAACAAUUGUUUUAAAAAUAUUAAUUGGUUGAAUGAGUUUCUAGAUAAAAAUAUAUCUGAAAAAUUUCGUUGCUUUAAAUCUUUAUUUAACAGUGUUUUAAAUGAUUGCGUACCUAAGCAUAGAAGUAAAGUAAGCUCUCAUCCAAUAUGGUAUAAUAAAAGAAUACUUAAUUUGAAAAAUGCUAAGAAUAAUGCGUUUAAAAAAUAUAAACAGAAUCCUUCCAAUGAUUCCUAUGCAGUUUUUUCUCGUCUCAGGAAAGAAUUUGUUUUUCUGUCAAAAUUUCUUUAUUCAAAUUAUAUUCAUUCUGUUGAAAGUAAUCUCAAACAAAGUCCUACAUCUUUUUGGAAAUUUAUAAAUGCUAAACGAAAUAGUACUGGAUUUCCAGCAACUAUGUGUUUUGAAAGUAAUAAUACUAGUGAUCCGAAAAUGAUUGUAGAUUAUUUUGGACAGUUUUUUGAAAGCAUUUAUAACUCUUCUACAUCAGCAACAAUAAACUAUCAAUAUAUAAAGUCUUUGCCAUCGGUUUUUGAUUGUUCUAGCAUUUUCUUUGACUUAAAUGAGGUUGUAGAUGCUUUAGUUAAAAUUAAACCCAAAAAAACUGCAGAUAUAUUGGGGUUUUUUCCUAUCGUUUUUCGUCACUGUGCAAGUUCACUUUCUGUUCCGCUAUUACAUAUUUUUAACGAAUCUAUUUCGAAUGGAAUUUUUCUGGAUGAAUGGAAAGUCUCCAUCAUUGAUCCGAUUUUUAAAUCUGGUUCAAAAAAUUUAGUUUCGAAUUAUAGACCCAUUACUAAAUUGUCAGUUGUUCCAAAGCUUUUAGAUAGUCUUGUUCAAGAUAAAUUUAAAUAUGUUAUAAAACAUCAAGUUAGUAAAUAUCAGCACGGUUUUUGGAAAGGAAGGUCUACUAAUUCUAAUCUAAUAGAAUUCACAAAUUUUUGCAUCAACACUCUGGAUAAUCGGAAACAAGUUCAUAAAAACUUAAAGCUUAUGGGAUCCAUGGACCGCUCCUACAAUGGUUUUCAUCAUAUUUACUUGGACGGAAACAAUAUGUAAGGAUUGGAGACUUUUUCUCAAAAGAAAUUACAGUAACCUCUGGAGUUCCAGAGGGAAGUCACCUGGGACCGUUAAUGUUCUUACUUUUUGUUAAUGAUCUUCCGAAUGUACUUAAAAAUUCUAAUUGCUUAAUGUAUGCUGAUGAUAUUAAGUUAUUUUCUCAGAUUUCUAACUUAAAUGAUUGUCUUUUGCUUCAAAAUGAUCUGAAUUCUUUUGUCGAUUGGUGCAAAUCAAACGAUUUGUUAUUAAAUAUGGAUAAGUGUGCUUGUAUUUCCUUCAACAGGACUAUGUUGAAUAUUAUUCCAAGAUACUCAUUCAAUAAUCUGCCGUUACAAAUAGUAGAAGAUUUCAAAGAUUUGGGUGUCAUAUUCGAUUCGAAAUUUAGAUUUAAUUUACACAUUAAUUCCAUUGUGUCCAGAGCAAAUUCCUUACUUGGAUUCAUAAAGAGAAAUUCCUUUGACUUCAAAGAUCCAUAUACAAUUAAAUCUUUAUAUUGCAGUAUUGUGCGUCCUGUUCUUGAAUAUAACUGUGUUGUCUGGAGCUCUACAACUGAAUUUAAUAAAAAGAGAAUUGAAAACGUUCAGAAAAAAUUUCUCAGAUUUGCUCUUCGAAAUGUUUUUGAAGAUAAUGUAGAAGGGUUUCAUCAUUCUUAUUAUUCAAAAUGUCUAUUACUUGGAAUACAGUCCCUAGAUAUGAGAAGAAAAAUGUAUAGUAUCAUGUUCAUUCGCGAUAUUUUGACUUCAACUAUUGAUUGUGAGAGUUUACUUAACUGCAUCAAUCUGUAUGCUCCUUCUACUUCUUUAAGACCCAGACCGCUUCUGGCAAUUGAUUCUCAUCAUACGCUUUACGGACAGCGCGAACCGAUUUCUUCAAGUUGCAACUUAUUUAAUGAGUAUUAUUCUAAUUUGGAUAUAUCUAUGUCUAGAAGCUUAUUCAAAAGUCGAUUAUUAACUUUGCUUAACUAAUUUAUUUUUAUUUAAAUUUUUUUUUUAUAUAUAUAUUAUAUACGAGUUUGUAAAAUGUGUAUCUAUU